AGAAACUCCGAACUCUCUUGUAAAUAGGGGAUAUGGAGCGGAGAAGAAGAGAAAAGGCAACCCCUUUUUUCUCUCUUCAUCUUGUUUGAAGCUCCUAUUCCGUCGGAGCAGAGUAUACUUUUUGAUACCUAAAAAUGAAAACCACCUUUUAGGUCGUUGAAGAAUCUAGAGAGAGAAAAAGCGAAGCAAGGAACGGGGGUUUAUCUAGAGAGAAAAAAGGCGGGGAAAGUUUUUAACAAAGCGAAGCGAGACCCUUUUCGAAAAUCAUGCUUCAAUUACGCCCCUUUCUUCCCUUUCUCAAAAGGCUAAAGCUUUGAAAUCAUUCCGCUGCGAAAACGAAGAAGAAGAAGGACGAGAAUAACUGGCUUCCACGGCAAUGCAGUUCGCUUUACUCGACGAUUCGCCGAUGUUCCGGCGGCAGCCGAAAUUGAUGAAUUUAUGGUGAUUGAUAUGUUCAUUUAGCUAUAAUUCAGCGAAAAAGACGGAAAAUGUAGCUUCAUUUGUAUUUCAAGGAAAAAAAAAUGUCUGUCUUUUUGGGUAUAAGACUGUUCGUGUUGAUAUUAGCGUUCUUGAAAGCAAGAAUUGCUCAUUUCAAUGCCAAUUCCGUGCAUUAUUUACCCCACAAACAUGCCGGUAGCUAUGUUCCCUUGUGCGUUGUGAUGGUGGGGGAAUUGGGACGUGGAUCAUGGAACAUUUGGAUACAGUGCUUGGAAGAAAAUGCUGAAUCAUUGAGGGGAAGAUGUCUAAAGUUUUACAAAGGAUGUCGAAAGUACACAGAAGGGCUUGGGGAAGUGUAUGAUGGUGACAUUGCCUUUGUAAAUGCACUUGAGACUUUUGGAGGGGGGCAUAAUGAUCCUAUUGGCGUUGCUUUGGGAGGCCCUGUCAUGACCAAAUUCACAAUUGCCUUGAGAGAAAUUGGGACAUAUAAGGAAGUACUUCGGUCUCAGGUAGAAACCAUGCUAAAUGAUAGGUUGCUGCAGUUCGUUAAUACUGAUCUGCUUGAUGUCAAGGAAGCCCGAAAACGUUUUGACAAGGCCUCCCUUAUCUACGAUCAGGCACGAGAGAAGUUUCUGUCAUUAAGGAAAAGCACUAGGACUGAUGUAGCUGCUGCCAUUGAAGAGGAAAUGCAUUCUGCAAGAUCCUCAUUUGAGCAGGCCCGCUUCAGUCUGGUUAGUGCUCUCUCUAAUUCUGAGGCCAAAACAAGAUUUGAGUUUCUGGAGAUUGUUGGCGGGACAAUAAGUGCUCAUUUUCAAUUCUUCAAGCAGGCAUAUGAGCUAUUGCAUGAGAUGGAGCCUUUUAUUAACCAGGUCUUGGCUUACACUCAACAGUCAAGGGAAUGUUCCAACUAUAAACAGGCAUCUCUUAAUGAAAGAAUGCAGGAGUAUAUCAGGCAGAUUGAUCGAGAUAAUAGGCUGUCCCUAAAUGGUUCCCUCAGUACCCCAGCAGUAGAUUCUAUUUCCAUGCGACCAAUGGCUAGGGGUUCACAGAAAGUGAUUGAGGCAGUUAUGCAAUCUGCUGCAAAAGGAAAGGUUCAAACAAUUCGGCAAGGAUAUCUCUCAAAACGUUCGUCAAAUUUGAGGGCUGACUGGAAGAGAAGGUAUUUUGUUCUUGAUAGUCGAGGACUGCUGUAUUACUAUCGCAAACCAUUGACUUGGUCUUCUACAACUGGGAGUCAAUCUGCCAAACAGAGAGGUUGUAAUUACGAAAAUGGCACUGGGCUCCUAAGUCGUUGGCUUUCUUCUCAUUACCAUGGCAAUGCACAUGAUGAAAAAUCGGUUGCACACCACACUGUAAACUUGUUGACGUCAACAAUUAAGGUUGAUGCAGAUCAGUCAGAUUUAAGAUUCUGUUUUAGAAUUAUAUCACCAACAAAAAUCUACACAUUGCAGGCAGAGAAUGCACUUGACCAGAUGGAUUGGAUUGAGAAAAUAAAUGGAGUAAUUGCUUCAUUAUUGAGUAUCCAGACAACUGAUGGGUGUGUCUCUUCUAGCCCCAAGGGAAUUGGUGAUAAUUGUUCUGCCAGUGAUAGCAGUUCAUUACUAGAUUCUUCUGACAGUUAUCAGUCAGCACUCGGAGAACACAAUCAUAAGAAUCUUGGCUAUGGAAACCACUUCAACACUUCUAGAAGUUUGCACGACCAAGGAUUUGGUACAAAGAGUGAAAAAACAAUUGAUGUAUUGAGAAGGGUACCUGGGAAUGAUAAAUGUGCUGACUGCGGUGCACCAGAACCAGACUGGGCAUCCUUAAACCUUGGUGUCCUUAUAUGCAUUAAAUGUUCUGGGAUUCAUCGUAAUCUUGGUGUACAUAUAUCAAAGGUAAGAUCACUGACACUUGAUGUGAAGGCAUGGGAACCAUCUGUCUUAGCUUUGUUUCAAUCUCUGGGCAACACCUAUGCAAACUCCAUCUGGGAGGAGUUGUUGCACAAAGGAAGUACUUUUUUGACUAAUGAUAUGGCUGCGGGUUCUUCCAAGCCACAGAAGCACAAACAGCUCCUUACAAUGAAACCCAGUCGGAAUGAUCCUCUUUCAGUAAGGGAAUUGUUCAUUCACGCCAAGUAUGAAGAAAAGGCUUUUGUUUGCAAGAUAAAAGACAAGCAUCUCCUUAAAGUGGCACAAGAGAUGUGGGAAAGUGUCGGAGCAAAUGACAAAAAGGCAGUUUACCACCAUAUUGUCUGCUCCAGGGCAGAUGUCAAUGCUAUCCAUGGGCCUGCAUCAUAUUGUGAUUCUCUGGACAAGGCCUCGAGUUGUGAGAACUCAUCAAAGAACAGUGAAGUGCAGCUCUUAAUGGACUGUUCUGAUAGCUGUUCUCUGCUUCAUCUUGCCUGCCUAACUGCUGACAUUGCCAUGGUAGAGCUACUCCUUCAGUAUGGUGCAAACAUAAAUGCAUGUGAUUCAGGAGGCCAGACACCCCUUCAUUAUUGUAUUGUCAGCGGCAAAUCUGCAACUGCAAAGUUGCUAAUUUCAAGAGGAGCGGAUAUACAAGCCGUUGAUACUGGAGGUCACACCGCUUUGCAGCUUGCAUCAGCAUCAGCCUUCAAUGAUGAUGAGGUAACUGCACUCUUAACAAAUACGAACAGAUAGAAUAUGAGCAAGGAAAGAACAGAAGAUCUAAGAGAGGACAGGAUGACCUUUCAGUCAAAGCUUAGAACAUCAGAAGCCCAAACUCGGAAACAACAGUGCUGAACUUCUUAGCAUGAAAAUCUACAGGCGGCCUUACUGGCUAAUUUUUUUCAUUAGGGUGCUAUUUCAUUUUCCUAAUGAAUUGAGUUUUGGAGAGUCAUUGUUGUAAGCUAUUGGUGUUGUACAUAGGAAACUAAGGGAAAUGGGUAGGUAUAGUAAUAGUACCAAGUAAAUGUGCAAUGCCUGUUCCUUUUCUUUUGUAUGUAUUAGGAAAGACAGAAACAUCUACUACCAUUUGCAUACCCAUCUAGAGAUGGAAUGGGGGGCCAUGUUUCUGUGGCUAGCAAGGACCCGCCUCAAGGAGAAUGAGCUCUGUAUCACUUCACUUAAUGCUUGAAACAAAAUUUCUUUUAUCAA